UGAAAUAUUUUCAGAUGAUUCUAUUCGUGUUUAGUGUUUACAUUUACUACCCGGCCCCUGGGUGAUCGCUAGAAAAUGAGCGUGGUUAGGAGUAGGCAAUGGUACAAUGUCGCGUAUAACUGUAGCUUUGCGCAUGGUAUAUGUGGACGAAAAACUGUAUCUCGACGGCACUCAGUUUCUGCUGGUUCAGGAAGCACGGAGGAAGACAGUCGUGAGGAAAAGAACGUGAAAUUAAGUGGUUUUGCAAAAGCAUUCGCAAAGUAUACUUCAGAAGAUUCUCCUGCAGCUCAAGAAGAACUUACAUUUCCUGCAUUGUUGAGAAAUUCAAAGUUUAUUGACUUAGGCGAUCCUGUGGGCAAAGUUGUAGAAGGUACCAUAUUUCACGUUGUUGACGAUGAUUUAUAUGUAGACUUCGGCUGGAAAUUUCAUUGCGUAUGCCAGCGUCCACCAAGGAAUGGGAGUGAUUAUGUUCGGGGAGCCAGAGUGCGAAUUCGAAUUAAGGACUUGGAGUUAUCAAGUAAAUUUUUAGGAUCGUCUCGUGACUUGACACUGCUUGAGGCAGAUGCAACAUUAAUGGGAAUUAUAUCAUCACCAGCUAGAACUUCAGUGAAAUAGUGAUAUUAGAAUUUGUGCUACCUUUCGUGUGACAAAAAUUGUUACAUUGAAGGUUUUUUCCCAGAAUAAUUUUCUUUAGUGAGAAUCAUAACAACUUGUUUGUAGUGGUGUCAGUAAUAAUGUUCUCACAGAGCAGUAAAUAUAAAUGUGAACUAUACUAUUGAAAUGUGCUUUUUCAGUGAAUUGAUAUUUUUAAUGUCCUAUACUGCCAGUCCAGUUCUGAAGUUCAUCCUGUAGUGUUACUGAAAUCAUAAUCUGUGGACUUACACAGCUGAUGAAAUUGUUUUCUCAAUUUCAGGUUUGAUUUUGCCUCUCAUAUGAUCAAAAUGGUUUCCAUUAAUUUUUGACCUGAUGUGUGAAAAAUAUUUACAAAUGGCACGGUAUUGUA